CGCACGGGAGACGAGGCGUACGGCAACCGAGGGUGGCCAUACUGCGUCGGGGCGGUGGGGCACACGCGGAGCGUGGCCGAAGCGAAGGACCGGGGUCGCCGCCGCCUCAGCUGGUCGCUCGUCGCUCGCCGCCGCCGCCUCUCCGCGCCUUUCCUCCCUCCCUUCCCCGCCGGGGAGGCGCUUGGGCCGCAGCAGAGAGGCUCGCGAGGGGCCGGGCGCACAAAAUGGAGGCGAACGGCAGCGGGAGCAGCAGCGACUCGGCGCCCGAUUGCUGGGACCAAGCGGACCUCGAGCCCGGGAACGCCGCCUCAGCCGCCGCCGGGGACGAGGAAGCCGCGGCGGCGCCCGGUUCGGCCCCACUGGAGUCGGAGGAGUCGGAGGAGGAGCAGCUGCUGGGCGCGGCCUUCAGCCGGCACCUCAACGUCAACGCCAAGCCCUUCGUGCCCAACGUCCACGCCGCCGAGUUCGUGCCGGCUUUCCUGAGAGGAGGCCCGGGACAGCCCGCCACGCCGACGGCCCCGUCGCCCCCGCCGGGCUUGCCCACGCCGACAGCCCCGUCGCUGACACACGGGGCCUCGGCAGAAUCGUCACAAGAAGACCUGCCGUCUUGUGAAGGGUCAAACAUUGCCAUUGGUAUGGAAAUCUCCGAACCAGUUGUAGAAAAUGGAGAAACGGAAAUGUCUCCCGAGGAAUCGUGGGACCACAAAGAAGAAAUCAUUGAAUCCGAAUUAGCAAGUGGCCCUUCCGGUGACGCGGGGCCCAUCGAAGAGAGCACCCAGGAGAUGACGGAGGAAGAGGAGGAGAUGCCAAAACCCAAAUCCAUGGUGGCUCCCCCGGGUGCUCCCAAGAAGGAACAUGUGAACGUGGUGUUCAUUGGACACGUAGAUGCUGGAAAAUCAACAAUUGGAGGGCAAAUAAUGUAUUUGACAGGCAUGGUUGAUAAAAGAACGCUUGAAAAAUAUGAAAGAGAAGCUAAAGAAAAAAACAGAGAAACCUGGUAUCUCUCUUGGGCCUUAGACACAAACCAAGAAGAACGGGACAAGGGGAAAACGGUGGAAGUAGGCCGUGCCUAUUUCGAAACAGAAAAGAAACACUUCACAAUUUUAGAUGCCCCAGGGCAUAAGAGCUUUGUUCCAAAUAUGAUCGGCGGUGCUUCUCAAGCUGAUUUAGCUGUAUUGGUAAUCUCUGCGAGAAAAGGAGAAUUUGAAACAGGUUUCGAGAAAGGAGGGCAGACCAGGGAGCACGCCAUGCUAGCAAAAACAGCCGGUGUAAAACACUUAAUAGUUCUCAUUAACAAAAUGGAUGACCCAACUGUGAACUGGAGCAACGAAAGGUAUGAAGAAUGUAAAGAAAAACUGGUGCCAUUCUUGAAGAAAGUGGGGUUCAACCCCAAAAAGGACAUUCACUUCAUGCCCUGCUCGGGACUCACCGGAGCAAAUCUCAAGGAGCCAUCUGACUUCUGCCCUUGGUAUAUUGGGCUACCAUUUAUUCCAUAUCUGGAUAACUUGCCAAACUUCAACCGAUCAGUUGAUGGACCAAUCAGGCUGCCAAUUGUUGAUAAAUAUAAGGAUAUGGGCACGGUGGUCUUGGGAAAGCUGGAAUCAGGGUCUAUGUGCAAAGGACAGCAGCUCGUGAUGAUGCCAAACAAGCACAAUGUGGAAGUCCUCGGAAUCCUUUCCGACGAUGUAGAGACCGAAUCUGUAUCUCCAGGUGAAAAUUUGAAGAUCCGACUGAAAGGAAUCGAAGAGGAGGAAAUUCUCCCGGGCUUUAUACUCUGUGACCUGAGUAACCUGUGUCAUUCUGGACGCACGUUUGAUGCCCAGAUAGUGAUCAUUGAACACAAAUCUAUCAUAUGCCCAGGUUACAAUGCGGUGCUGCAUAUUCAUACCUGCAUUGAAGAAGUCGAGAUUACAGCCUUAAUCUGCCUGGUAGACAAGAAAUCAGGAGAGAAAAGCAAAACACGACCCCGUUUUGUCAAGCAAGAUCAAGUAUGCAUUGCCCGUUUACGGACGGCAGGGACGAUCUGCCUCGAGACAUUCAAAGACUUCCCUCAAAUGGGCCGCUUCACCUUAAGAGACGAAGGUAAAACCAUUGCAAUUGGUAAAGUUCUGAAAUUGGUUCCAGAGAAGGACUAAGCAUUCUUUUUGGCAAGCCUGCACAAAUACUGUAAGGAGGGGAGGGGAAAAAAAAUGACUUCGCAGAGCCCUAUUCCACAUUGCCUUCUUUCUUUUCGUCCCCCCCGCCCCUCCCGAUAAUCUCCUUCCGCCCUUCUCUUUUGCAAAGAUGAGAUUUCACAGCAAAGGUCCACAUUAUGUCAGCUUUCUCAUAUUGAGAGCUCUGCUAUGCCACUGUGGAAGUUUUUACCCUGAAAAGUUUCAUAUAUUAUUAUUAUUAUUAUUUUGGCUUGGUUUGGUUUGGUUUUUUCCCCUCUUCCUUCUCCUCCCCCUUCUCCUAAAUUCAGCUCUCCCCCCCCCCCCCGAAAGAUUUGGCAAUAGCUUGGUAAAAGUGAUGUGGACAUAAUUGCCUAAAAUUAUGAAAAAAGAAAAAAAAUCUACAGGAUUUCUGUUUAUUUGUCCCCUCCCGUCAGAUGGAAGCAUUUUUCAAAGGCAGAUCAUUCAGGUGUGCCACAUGUGCACAUGUUACAAACACAAUUACCAUGUUAAUAAACUCUCCAAUUUGAAAUCUUU